ACGGAUAUAUGGUUGGACACAUCUCUCUGUUUACAGCACAUGUGAGUGUGGAGCUGCUGUAGUUCAGAUGCAAACUAAAAGUUACUGUUUUGUUUUUAACGCGCAUUAAAAAUGAGUAAAAAGCGGCUCGGUGGAGACUCGGAGGAGUCAAAAACUCCCGCGAAAAAGGAAAAAGUUUCGGAGUUCAACGGGACUGCGUUUAAAGCCAUGCUGAAGGAGCCGAGCACAGCCAUGAAGGGACUGGAGAGGUUCAUAUCAACCGCGAAGAAGCUGCCGUGCUCCGACCUGUACGACGUGGUUGAAGGUUACAUUAAGAUCUCCAUGGAGUGUGCGGAGAUAUUCAAGCUGCUGGAGAGUGACAAGCAUGUGGAGACUGAGAUGUUGCUGAUCUUUGAGACCCUGGAGAUGAUCCUGCUGAGAACAGCCAGCGACCUGUCCCACUUCAGCAUGGUCGGCAAUGCCAUUGUGAAGAAGACUGUCUCCAGCUGCAUGAAGCUUCUGCAGGGAUCUUUUUAUUCAGAGAAUCACAGGUUUGUCCGUCAGUGCCUCAGUCUCCUGUCUGCCUUGGUGUCCCAAGGUCCAGAAGCUGCCAGAGAGGUCCUGGGUCAAAUUCGCAUCAAUAAAGCUCUGUCUGGACUGGCAAAGCGAAAGGACAAGAAGGGAAAGCCUGAUGUCCGCAUGGCUUUUAUCCAGUUUGUGCUGUCUUUUUUGGUGUCUGGAGAUAACACCACAGUUGGACAAAUAUUAGAAAUAAAAGAAUUCCUGCCAGAGAUCUUGAGCACGGGUCUGAAGGAGGACAGGAUGUCCAUAGUCAAUCUGAUUCUGUCCACACUGAAGACUAGAGUUGUACUAAACAAGGCUAUAAGUAAAACACAGAAAGUGCGCUUCUUCACACCGGCUGUGCUGGCCAACAUCGCCUCUUUGUACAGGUGGAAUGGGAUUGUGGAUGCAACCACUGACGACAACAGAAUGGGAGAGGACUCAGACCACGCUGGGAUAUCUGUCAUCCGGGAACUCGUUCAUAGUUUCCUUCUUGACCUGUGUAGCUCUCGUAAGCAUGGUAUCAGCUUUCACGAUGCCAGCUUUGGCACAGCUGGCAGAGCUGGAAACAUCGUCUUGCUUCAGUUCUUGGUGGGGCUGAAGCAGGCCACAGAGGAUGAAAUGGUGGCGGAGCUGGUGGUAAAUGUGUUGAAAGUUAGCCCUGACCUGCUGGCCAGAUACUUUCAGGAGACUCAGUAUUCGUACACCCCACGGAUCAAAAGUGCUUGGCAGGACAAUGUCAAGUUACUGAAAAAGAUCUACGAAUCCCAGCCAGACGUGUCCACAGUCUUUCAGACUUGUGAGGUCAUCCCUCUCCCUCGCCUGCACUCCAUGAUCAUGGUGAUAUCUCUUCCUCCGGUCUGUAACAAGGCCUUCUUCACACAAGGCCUUAGUCUUGCCAACACAGCAGUACAGCUCACAACACUGUCCAUGAUAAAUUUCAUCCUGAAAAGAGCCAAUAAAAAUAUCGAGUACCUUUUGGAUAAGUCUGAGUGUCACAACUCCGAUGUGUACACUCCUGACGUGAUGGGGGAAUUGGUGCAGCAGUAUAGGGAGACCCUCAGCAAGAUUUUGCCUGACAUGACAAGCAUAGUUGCAAAGUGGCAGUCACUCAGCAAGAAGGAAAAGACAAAUGGUGAAGAAAAGGUGACCAAACCUGAAGGGAGUGCUCCACAGACGGAUAAUAAAAACGAAAUGCCAGUUGCUGAGACAGCUGAGGUAAUCCUGCUGAAGGCUCUGAUUCUUCAGGUCAUUUGUCUUUACCAGAAAGUGGUGCCACAUCUGGUGAGCCAGUGCAAAUUUGACUUCAGCAAGCUCUUAAAAGGCAUUGUGUCAGAGAAAGGAAUGAGGGAAGAAGUUCCUCCAGUUUUGCAGUAUCAGAUACUGCAGUUGGCCUUAGAUCUCCCUGCAAGCAAGUUCUCCUGGUUCCGCCUACAGGAUGUUGCAGAUACAGAAUCAUCAUCUGGAGAGAAGUCAGUACUUUAUCUGCUUCUCAAGAUGUUUGUCAGCAGCAGCAGCAGCAGCCACUUGAAAACCUCCACAAAGAUGCUGGUUUUAAAAGUGCUAAAGGACAGCGGGGUGUUUGAGUACACGUGGACUGAACUUGAACUCUGGCUUGACCAGCUGGACAGAGUAGAGCCAGACCAACAAGAGACUGUCAUCCAGUUCUUGGAGAGAGUGAUGGUGAAACUAGUGUGCAAUUCUUACACGUACACAGAUAAAGUCGCCAGCCUAGUCCAGGAGGCAGCUUAUCUGCAAGCUAACCUGAGCAGCCAGGAGGGGGACACUGCCAGUAACCCAGUGUCACACAUAGACGACGUUGUAGACAUGUUGGAUGUCAUUAUGGAGGGCAAUGAAGGCGAGAUGGAAGAGUUCGGGCCAUCUCUGAGUGAAGACCUCAUUGUCCAGACCUUCCCCUUCAGUGUGGUGGUACCCGCUGCUCUCGAGGCCCGAAACAAACUGCCAGCAGACAAGGGGGUGGUGUUUGAGUACCUGUCCGCCGUGCUUUCAGAUGUGCUGCACUGUCAGAGAGAGCCUCUCCCUCUCUGUCUGGCUCUGCUGCAGUACGAUAAAGAGCUUGCGUCCUCAGAACCCUCCGCCUCCUCUCAUCCCUCCAUCAUACACCUUCAUCAGUAUUACUCUAAAUGGCUACCACAGCAGUGUCGGGAAGAACUGUUCAAGUCCCCUGAAAGCCAUUCAAAGGCAUCGUCAACACCCACUUCAUUCACCGCACUAAUGAAAGCUGCGUACAGCCAAGGGCCGAGCGCUUUCCUUGAGGACGCCUUCAGGAAGAGCGUGGGAGAAACUCUGGCUUCCAUGUCGAUGGCUGAUUUUCCAGUAGCAAUCAAGCAGAUCUUACUCUACAUAAAAUCCACAGUGGAAAAUCUUGGCACGUUCUCCAAAGACAUAGGAACUGCCCCUCUGAAGACCUUAAUGGAAAUCCUCCAGGAUUUGGUGACCAGGCUACAAGGCUACCAGGACACCACAAACCCUGAGCCAGCAGCAGAGAACUCCCAAGAAGGAUCAGAACUCUUCCUGGAAAUCAACCAGUCACCCACAGUUGAAGCCAAUAAAGAGCAGAUCCUUCUUUCUGCACUUGGAUCCAUCUUCAAACAUCCAUGUUUGGAGCAGUGGUUUCUGGCUCUGGAGCUGGCUGCUUUGCCCCCUCACACGCUAAACCCUGUCAGAUUGAAGAACACGUGUGCUCAGCUGAAUGACGACAUCCUGGCCUUGCUGAAGACCAGCACCCCCACUCUCUGUGAUCUGGGUCACCUGGAGCUUAUUUGUACCUACAUGGGGUCUAUAGAGAAAGCUGUGCUCAAGGAGCUGAUGGAGAAGGGCUCCCGUCCUGCAAAGAAACAGUCCAGACCUUUCCAGGCCCUCCUGUCUCUGCACAGGUACAUGGACUCCUGUAAUCUGAGAGAGGUGGUCUCUAAGUUGCUACUCCUCCCCCAGGAGAGCCUCAUCUCCACGAGCAGUAAGAGCACACGGGCCGAGCUUAGUGUCUACGGUCAUGCAGCAGUGCAGAUCCUUACAGAGGCUAAAGCGAAUCCUUCCCAGGACCACGGCAUCUUUCUGUCUCAGGCACACCUCCAUGGCCUGGGGACCUUGCUGCUGUCCUGUUCCAGCCCUGCGUUGGAGGCCUUCCUGCUGCAGACUCUGUCUAGUGAGCCGAGCAGUGCCAAGCUCAUCCACACAGACGUGCUGCUGCACUGUCUCCAGUGGCCUCUCCCAGACACUCAGGCCAUCAGCGGUCUGCUGCUGCAGAACUGCUCCACACACCGCCUCUGCUUCGAGGUGUGGUGUCUAGAGCCAGCAAACAUGGAGAAGCUCUCAGACCAGACAGAAACAUUCCUUCCACUAAUCAACACCUACCUACAGGUUGCAAGUAGAGAGGAUCCAGCCAGGCCCAAAGAUGUGCAAAAAGAAGUUUUAAAGGCCUUGAAGCAAGGACUGCUUGUCAAAUUAUCCCAGAGCGUUCUGGGAAACCUGACAGAAGAUUCUGGAGCCCAGCUCGUAGAAACACUAGCCAGGCUAAUCAAGCUCUCUGCAAACGUCAAAGACACCAGAGACUUAAUUAACAACCUGCCCAAUGCUCUUCAAAAAGUGGACAGCUUUGAAAGAUGGAAACUAAUAGACGUUAUCACAGAGAAACUGAGUGAUUGCCCAGAAGAACAGGAAACCUGGAAGAAGUCUGUUACCACUGCUGCCCUGAAGUGUCUCAUCACUGCCUACAGUCACUCUAAAGAACAGUCUGCUCCCCUGUCAGAGCAGGAGAAGAACGUCCUGGACAGACUGCAACAACUCCUGACAUCACCCAAAGACAUCUCUGCAUCUGAGUGGAAUGGUUUUGUCAAGAAUGGACUGAAAUAUCGCUACAGAGAUCACCACUUUCUGAACACACUGAGCAACCUGUUGGAACUCGUGUACGAUAGUGGUAAUGUCCAGAAGGACCUGAUACCUUUAUCCACCCUUCACAUGAUGACCAGCAGCCAUUCUCUGUUCCUGCCCACUAUGCUGGAGUCUCAUGAAGAGCCCAGCAGGUGUCAGGCUAAAGAAGCGUUGGUGUCCCUUCUUCUCUGUUUGGUGAAGAAAUGUCCAACAGUCUGUAACAGCAAUCACUUUGUUGUACUUUUGGGAGCAUAUGGAGUUACACUGAGUACUACAGAUCAGAAACUCUUACUGCUCCUCCAGGAAUAUGAAAGAAACAAUGUCAGCCUGCUAAAAUUUCAGUCCUUCCUGUGGGGCCCAGCAGCUGUAGACCACCAUAAGACCAGGAAAAGCCUGGGAGCCUCCCUGUGGAAGCAGGCCAGCUCAGAUGACCUGUUGGCCAUGCUGAAAAGUGACAGGAUGCUCCAGACUAUUGCACGCUUUCCCCAGCAACGCAGAAUCAUCCUGCAGGAUGGCAAGGAGCAACUCUACAGUAACAAUGCAGUAAAGGACCUUGGGAAUUUAUAUGAUCCCUGUUUUCUUCUGCCUCUAUUCAGCACCAUACUGGGCCCAGAGUGCGUGAUCGACUGCCUCAAGUUUGUAUCCAGCCACGCCCUUGGACUGACUGUAAUGGCUCUAAGUAGCUAUGAUCCCAAAGUGAGGGCGGCAGCGUAUCACGUGCUGAGCUGCUUCUACCAACACCUCGAGGGCGCACGAAUCAAAGAGAAGAGACAGCUGCUGUACUUGAUGGAUACAGUGAAGAAUGGAAUCCGACAGCAGAACCAAAGACUCCCAUUUGUCCUGACCACAUACAUCACCAAAGUGGCUCAGCAGAUGCUCAAACCUGAGGACCACAUGUAUGUGGUGUUAAACCGGUUUCUGCUGUCUCAUCAGAGUUUGGACUUCAGAAGAGUCCCUGAGUUCUUCAAGCUGUUCUAUGGCUUUGACCUGGAGCACAAAAUGGAACGUGAGUGGAUCUUGAGCGUGCUGGAGGAAGGGAUAAGUGACGGACACUGCUAUGAAUUGUGUGAUCAACAAGGCAUCUUUCAGACCCUUUUAGGCUACAGCAGCAGCCCCCUGUGUGAUGAACACUGUCAGGCACAGAUUAUCAAGGUGUUAUGCCAGGCCGCUCGUGUGACCAGAGCAGCUUAUAAUCUCACCAAGAGCUGCGGGCUCCUAACCUGGAUGAUACAGAUGGUUGAAAAAAAGAAUCUAGACCAGCAGCUGCUCAGUGCCAUCAUAGAUCUGCUCCAUGUGCUGUGGUUCACCAACCUUGGGCAGAAGGAGAAGCAGCUGGAUGAAGCUAAGAUCUCCUCCUCUUCUGCAGAGGAGAAACCUCAGAGCUCAGUGAAGUGUCUCCCACUUCCACUCAUCAGUGAAUUCCUGUAUGUGGCAACAACUAUCAGCAGACACCUCAGGCUACGUGUAAAGGCCGCUCAACUCAGCCUGUUUCUGCAGACUCUCUGCUCGAUACUGAAGCAUUGCGGGGCAGCUCUCGAUAUAAACAAACAGGCUGACCGGCUGACACUUCACCCACAGCCUCUGUCUUGUACCGAAGUCCUCACUUUGCUUCUCUGCUGGGCCUCCCUGUCCCGCAACACAGCGGUCCUUACUCAAAUACAAGCCCUGUCCGAAAAGCAUAAAGUAAAGGAAUUGCUGGGGACAGGGAAGGAUAAGACGCGAGGUAAAGGCUCCUCUUUCAAGGCCCGCACACGAAAAGAGAACCUGGCAGACGACGCUGAGACUGAGAAACAAGAAGAGAGUCUCCUGACAGAGUGUAAAUCUUACCUCAGCAGUAUCUUUGUUCACUGGGAACCUGUGUUCCCCCUGUCUGAGCCCCAGCCGGCUCAGCCAAGAGACAAACUGCAUCCCGGUCGUUUGGCCAGUGAUACCGCACACCUGCUCACCAAGUGGUCCCUGAGGUGCUUGGUGGAGGACUCGUAUGAUGAAAACAGAACAAAAGAAUUCUUGCACUGGGUCGAAAAGGCUGUGAUAAAACACAGGGAAAUUGUGGAUGUUGUGUUACCCGAUGCUGGCUUGAAAGCAGACCUCCUUCGACUUCACCAUCAGGCCUUUGAGGCUCAGUGUCACUCCUGCAUUUCGGAAAGAGAGGAGACCUUCCAGCUGUUUAACAACAUUAUGAUACACUUUCUAGAGAGCCAAGGCCAGCUUCCAGAGCUGCAUCAAGCAGUCGUCUCUGCCUGCCUUCCAGAAGCCACAUGUGAUCAGUCCCGACGUGAAGCAGGUCUCUUCCUGUCGUCAUUGUACAUCCAUGAGUUGUGGAGUGGAGCCACAUCGGCAGAGCUGUUCAUGUCUCAUGUCAGUUUGGUGACCAGAGCCAAGUGUAAGAGACAGAAAAGUUCCAAGUCAUCACUGACUCAAACAGCCAUCAGAGCCAUCUGCAGUGACAUCCUCCCCAUGAAGAGUUAGAUCUGACAUCUGAACGCUACUGUGCUCUUUAAAAAGAGGAAACAAAGCUUGUAGUCUUUCAUUUUGCUUCUUUGUUUGGUUUUUGUAAAAAGACUGAAGAUAUUUUGUAAAACCCUGUUAUAAAAUAUUG